CACUAGUGGAGAGCUGAGUGUUAUCGAUAGUCUAUUGACUAUCCUUUUGUUUUAGAGCAGAUAUGUCUGUCAUCACUAUUGUGGCACUUCUGGUUUUCCUGACCAUCCCUGAGGGUAUGAGUGUGGGGGAACAAAUGAAACCACGAUGUAAAUGCAUCAUGUUGGAGAAACAGCCCAUUGGACGUCUCAUAGGAAUGUUAGAAGUGAACCCUGCUAACUCCCACUGCAAAAACCUUGAGAUUAUUGCAACUCUUAAAAAAGAUGGGAAUAAGAUCUGUCUGGACCCUAAUGCUCCUUGGGUCAAAAAAGUGCUUGACAGGAAACGAGCUGAGCAGACACCUUAAAGAGCUAACCCUCUCAGAUGGAACGAAGGAGAUACAUUUUUAACAUCACUGAAGUUCAGAGAGUUUCUUUUGCUUCAUGACAGAGUUUCUAGAGUGUCAACAAGAAAGGAGGCAUGUUGACAUGAAUGUAGCUUUCAGAUUAAUAUCUGAAACAUAAAAAUCAUAUGACUACUUUCUUUAAUAGGGCCUGUAAUAGUUGUGUCUCACCAUGUAAUGUUGAUCACAAUGGAGGAAUAGGAAUAACAACCAACCAAACCACCAUGGUAGUGCAGACUGCAUAACAUUCAACACAGCUGUGUACGUCAGAUAAUUACUUUGUAAAUAAAUUGUGGCCU